GUUCUACUUGUAUGUCUGUAUGUAUGUACAUCAUGGAUACAUGUACGUGCAGAUAACACGGAGUAAGUGGUGAUUUGUACAUACAUAUGUAUUAAACACACGGUGCAUAUACAUUAUUCAAGUUGAUACCUACCUAUGUACCUUCCUCGGGUUUUCACAUCGACAUGAGCAGGUACUACUGGUAGGUAGUACAUUGGAUACAAUACAUGUAACAAUUUCUAUCUGAGCAGGUACGCGCACCGACAUCCAGCAUUGGAAACUUCUACAAUCAAUCAAGUAAAGUGUACAUGUAUGUCAUAGGUAUUCUCUCUUUUCCUCUUUCCUCCUUCUACUUAACUACUACCCACCUACUUUACUUUACCUACCUAGCACUAUCCACCUAAUGCUAGGUCCCUCACUUUAAUCAAAAUACCGAUUAAAUUAAAUUACAAGAAAAAUAUCAUUUGAGCUUCAUCCCCUUCAAUGCUCAUUUAUUUAUGUACCUAGGUUAGGGUAUUGUACAUUAACUGUAUACUAGAAACAUUCAAGGUAACCAGACAACAUUAUGCCUCCUGCACUGGAUUUAAGCUCUGACGAUGAUCAUAGUAUUGAUCACAGUCGUGUUACGUCCGACUUGAUCGGCGUUGACACAGUCCAAGAGCAAGCCAUGCCGCCACGAACCCCCACCACUCGCGUCUCAAAGGGGCCUGGCAGACCUCGCAAGAGAGCCAUAAGCGACGUUGACGCGCCUCUAUCCGCCACAUUGGCCACUAAGCUUGCCGUUACUGCCAAAGAUGAUGUGGUUAUGGAGGAUGUCCAGGCACCUCCUCGCAAACGCGGUCGACCCCGCAAAAGUACCUCAACCACACAACCCGGCAACGGAGUGGGUCCCGCCAGCAGUGAACGCGACCCAGAAAGUCGCCCACAGUCGUCGGCUUCCAACCUUAGUCGCAAUCAAGAUGGUCACUUGCCUCAGCUGGCUCUCUCUAAUCUGGCUGUCGGAUCCCCAAAGCCCACGGGCAAGGGCAAGCACAAGCGCACGCCAAAGACUCGUGGCAACCAGCCAAACCUCGAAAGUCUCUUGCGUGAAAUUUUCAUCUUGAACACAGUCCAGCAAGGCCAAGAGCUGCGAAUCACUCACGAGCAGGCCAUGCAGCUGCACUCCAUCUUUGCGCCAGCAUUAUCGGCGCCCGAAGGAGAACUCAUGGUUCCAUCACGACUAGCUAACGCUAUUCGAUCUUUCCUUGCUAAUCCGGCCAACGAAGAUGGUAUCGCACUAUGAAAUCCGGGUCGGGAGUAAGGGUGUGGAGAGGGGGUGAGGAGGGGGAAGAGAUGAUUAAAUGGGGAGUUUUUUCUUUUGUUCAUUCGUCGUCAUCUAAAGGAUAAAAGGGAUAUAUCCGCAUUGCCGUUCGGAGUCAGCAUCACGAUUUCUAGGUAGGUAGUGAUACUCAUGGAAAAGUGCUCCUUCAAAUUGAUGAUGUUGUUCCACGUGUUUAUUUGAUGCA